AUGGCUGAUCAAUUUGUGGAAAAGUGCACCGUGUUGAAAAAUGAAAUUGUGGGAAGAUAUGUGAAAUCUGUGGAGGCCAUUGAAGCUGGAGAAACCCUGCUGCUGGAAAAGCCCCUACUGAUUCUGCCGGCCAGUGGCGACAAACGUUGCUGUAACUGUUUUCGUUAUGCCCAGCAGUAUUGUAGCAAAUGCCAAUUAUCCCCCUUGUGUUUGGAAUGUGAAAGUCACAGUGAAUUCGAUUGUAAGACCCUCAGCGACAUCUUCUCCAAAUCCCCUGAGGUGCAGGUGGAACUCCUGAAAAAAUUCUUCGGCACCUAUAACAUCAUAAAAUGCUUGCUGCUCUAUGAAAAUUCCACCACACGAGAAUAUUUUGAAAAAAUGCUCUUAAUGGAAUCACAUUUGGAUAAGAGACGUAACACUACGAUAUGGAAGGACCACAAUAGAGCGGUUAUACAACCUCUACUCAAAUCGAAUAUUUGUCAGCAUCUUGCAAUUUCACAACGCAUCAACGAGGAAUUCUUGCAGCACAUCUGUGGCAUUUGGGAUGUCAAUUCGUAUGAAAUUAGAGCACCCGAUUCGGAGGCAAUGCGUGCUUUAUAUUUAAAUGCCUCGCUGUUGGCACACAAUUGCAUCCCGAAUGCUAAUCAGGCAAUCGAUGAACAGUAUCGCAUUAAAAUCUAUGCCAAUCGUGAUAUUGACAAAGACGAAAUGAUUACCAUAUCGUAUACGAAUGUAUUGAUGGGCACCGAUGAUCGUCGCAAUUUCCUGCGUGAAGGUAAAUAUUUCCAUUGCGUCUGCGCCCGCUGCGAAGAUCCCACGGAACUGGGAUCACACAUGAGCACCCUGAUCUGCAAUAAAUGUGCCACAAAUAAACAAGAAGGUUUCAUUAUGAAAAUCGAUGCGAAAACAUGGAAAUGUUCCAACUGCCAUCAUUGCCUCAAAAAUGAACAAGUUGAAACGAUAUUGGAAAAAGUCAAAGAAGAAGUAUUUCACGCCCAAGAUGAUAUACGACAUUUGGAAUACCUACUCACCAAAUUACCCACACUCCUACAUAAAAAUCACUACAUAAUUGUGGAUGUUAAACAAAAUAUUGCCAGUAUGUUAAGGUCCAUUAUACGCAAUAGCCUACAGAGGCCCGGAAGGCAAUUGUAUGAAAGGAAAAUUCGAUUGUGUCAAGAAUUGGUUGUGCUACUGCAUAUAAUACAACCGGGUAUAUCGAGAUUAAAAGCUAUUGCUUUAUAUGAAAUGGCAAUUGCAUCGGCGGAAUUAUAUCGCCUGAAAUUUGGUGAAGAUGAAAUAAAUGCUGAGGAGUUGCAGGAAUAUUUACGUAAGUGUGAGGCAAUGUAUAGGGAAUCAAUGCGUUUGCUGUUGUACGAGCCCCCAGAAACUCCCGAGGGACAAUUAGUUAAGAGUAUAAUUAAUGAGUUAAGAGAUUUACGUAGUGAUAUCCAGUUGCUGGAUAAUCCAUUGCCUGAUCAAGGUGGAGAUGAAUAA